AUGGCCCCCGCCAACUGCUCGGCGCCCAGCGUCGUGGUGGAGAUGUCCGUGGCCACCCUGCUCCUGCUGGAGGGCGGCCUGGGCCUUCUGGGCAACGCCGUGGCGCUGUGGACCUUCUUCUUCCGCCUGCAGGUGUGGAAACCCUACGCCGUCUACCUGCUCAACCUGGUCGUGGCCGACCUCCUGCUGACCUUCUGCCUGCCCUUCCAUGCCGCUUUCUACCUGAAACACAAGACGUGGAGCCUUGGACAUGCGUCUUGCCAAAGCCUGUUCUUCCUGCAGGUCCUCAGCCGCGGAGUGGGCGUCGCCUUCCUCACGGCCGUGGCUUUAGACCGUUACUUCCGAGUGGUCCACCCUCGGCUGAAGGUCAGCCUCACGUCCCCCCGGGCGGCCUGGGGGGUGUCCGGCUUCGUGUGGUUACUGCUGCUCGGCCUCACCCACCAGAGCCUGUUCGUCUCGGAGGCCACAUGCCCAGGUCUGGAGCCCGCGGGAGAAGUCUCCUUCAGCAUCGUUUGGCAGGAAGCACUGUUCUUCCUGCAGUUUGUCCUUCCCUUUGGCCUCAUCCUGUUCUGCAAUGCCAGGAUCAUCAGGACCCUCCAGAGGCGACUCCGAGACCCGGACAAACAGCCCAAGCUGCAGAGGGCCCGGGCACUGGUGACGGUGGUCGUGGUCCUGUUUGCAGUGUGCUUUCUGCCCAGCUUCCUGGCCCGGAUCUUGGUGGCCGCCUUCCGCAGGGCGGGCAGCUGCGGGCUCCUGGGAGCGAUGGUGCAUGUGUGUGACGUGACCAACGGCCUCACCUACCUGCAGAGCGUGCUGAACCCGGUGGUGUACUGCUUCUCCAGCCCCGCUUUCAGAUACUCCUACCGCAAGGUCUUCAACACCCUCAGAGGCCGAGGGAAGGAAACCGAGGCCCCGGGGGACGUCAAAGACUCCUACUCUUGA